ACUCACUAUUUUGCGUUGGGAACGCGAACAGUGGACAAUAUUACUAUUCCUUCCUUGUUUUCAAGUACUCGCGACGAUUUUUAACCAUGCUGUACACAAUCUUCAUCCAUGUUAUAGGCAAAUCGUAUCUUCGCCUUCUAGUUGGGCUCAAUGAAUUCCUCCGGCAUAAUAAAACACGAUGUCUUUUCCUGUCCGCAUGUUUGGUCUUUGGUCUAAUAGCAGGCACCAAGGCAGCGAAUACGAUACCGUUCGAACCUGUACAAACACCCACGCCAGAUCAAGCAGCAGCCGUCGACCAAGAAGGGGGGUGGUUUUACUUCAUGAACUGGCUCGAACGGGGGAAUCGGAUUCGAUCAGGAAAAGAUGUCCGACAAUGCCUUUUAAACCUUGCGAAAGCACUUGAAGAAGUCAGAGUUCUCAGUAGCGCAGAGUACAACGGAGCAGCAGGCGCUCUCACUCUUCUUCCUACCGCCGGUGCUCUGCUCGGCGCACCGACGAGGGAAAUGUGGAUCGUCUACAAGCUGGUUCCCAUAGCAGGGUUCCUUUCUAUGUUCCUUUCCAUGGGGGCUACUAUUACGCCAUCUGAUAUCGGCGAGUUUGAGUCUGGGAAAGCAUUUUCGUAUGGGGGCAUAAUGCCGACAAUGAGGACUGCGAUAAAUCCGGAGCACGAGCAUCUGGAUACAGAUGAAGAGAGCUUUGAUCACAGUGAGCUGAGUGAGGCGAAGCUAUUCGCAAGGGAGGUCAGGCUACGUGCCAAAGAUGAUUCUGGCGGCGAUGUUUAUGUCAAGGUUUGGUUUGCCAUCUUCCUCCAGCUGUGUUUCAUCGGGAUCAACCUCGUCGCAAUGGGGCUAGCGCAGCGAGGCAGUGUGAUUACAUGGUGGUGCAGAGUCUGGGGUUGGAUGUGGUUUUGGUACUUCAUCGUCAUUGUCGCCAGCGUUUUUGACAACGUGGUGGCCGCCCCCUUCACCAAAUCUUGGACCCUUCGCGUUGCCAAAGCUCCCACAAAACUCAUCGUCGACAACACCCAAUCCCGCGUCACAAACUUCGACCGCACACGCUUUCCCACCAUCAUGGAUCGACUACAUGCAGGAAUCAACCUCCAGCACCAUGUCACCAUCCAAGAAAACGAUCCCUCCUCUUACUCGCGAACAUGCUUCUACGUCGUAGUCUCUGUUGAGGGCAUAUCGAAACUCCAUGCCUUCUUCCAAGUUCUCUCCCGAGGCUGCAGCGUCGUCGCGUUCGCCUUUGGCACCGCCCUCUUCGCUUCUGCAACCUUAAUGUCCAUAUCUGCCGCUCUCAUGCUUCUCGCACUUGUCCUUCCAAUGGGUGUCACUGGCCGAGUAGUUGCAAUGUGGAUCGCCGCGGAAAUGAACCGGCACAACAAAUCCAUCCUCCACACCGUUGUCAAAACUAAAAAGGAAGCUGGUGAGCAUAUAGAAGAAAUUAUUGAGCUCCCAGGCCUACAAAUCGAAACCAUGGGUCACAUUAUUCUCGACGGUAACUGCAUCGUCAAACGCAGCCCCAUUUUCAGCGCUGCGACGUACAUUGGCUUACUUGCGAAACCGUAUAAUUUGGUUGCGAGGGCGGUGAGGAACCAGAGGGCGAAUAGCUUUGGUUAUCUGCAGACGAGGAGUACUCAGAGUCGGCCAGAGAUGGCGAGUCGGGCGCAGACGGAGAAUCUAGCCAGUCAGGAGAUUCUUGGGAAUGGGGGGAAGAAGAAAAUAACUUAA